GAACAAGCCGUCCAACACGCCACACAAGGUACAGAACUCCUCGAUUUAUACGGACUGAUUUUCUGUCCGAACAAGCAGACACCAUGAACGAACCAGAAACUCUAAAUGAAAUGGAGCAGCUUAAGAAGUCUGGAUUUGGUCGACCUUAUCCAAGACACGGACUCAAGCUGCUUUACUGGUUUGCUAAUGACUGUCUGUAUUUUGAUAAUGAUAAUAAAAUGUGCUGGAAUUAUGAUCCAGAAGAAGGACAUUUUGGUUUCAAAUUCUUUGAAAACAGAGAUAAACUCCUGCCUGAGGUCAACCUUGACUACUACGAGGUGGGAAAUCUGAGCAAAGCAUACGAGCUGCCGGAUUACGUUCGGGAAGAUUAUACCCAAAACGAUGAUGACUGUGACAGAAACACAGACCGCAUCAUAGUCAGCGUUGAUUAUGAGUGUUUUAACAGAGUCUAUGUGACUGAACACAGUGAUCAGACAAGAUUCAACAGGGACGCCACCUAUCGCAUCAGCAGGGGCCUCAUUAUGAACAUCAAGAAGCUGACCUUAGAGGACUUUCUCAUGAAAACUGGGUAUACAACACGAAAAAAGGACACUGAUUGGCGGAUUGAAGAUUCACUGAACAAGGACACUGAUCAAGGAACUGAAGAUUCACCAGACAAGGACACUGAUCAAACAGGUCUACAUCAACGUACUAAGGAAGAAACUGGCAACAUAUUUCCGGGAACAUAUGACCCUGAAAAACGCUGCACCUGUAUCAUACUUUAAACUCUGGGUACAAAGGAUAAAUUAUUACAUUUACACAAUGUGUACAGGAAUUAAAAUAAAUGACAGUGAUUUCUGUUGGUUCGAAGAAAAUCUACAACAGCAAAGUUCAUCCCUUGGUUUAAAGGUUCUGACUGCAAAGUUGAAUUCCGAGAAAAAAUGUUCUAUUUCUAUUGUUGUUGGAGUUUCAAGAUGUUUCGCGUUGAUUUCAAGUUGAAAUUGAGGAGUUUUGCUGCUGCAUACACUGUGUAUCCUGUGCGUAAACAGUUUACUGAGAUAAAAAGUGUCCCGCGUUUUAGGAUUCCAGAGAUUGCCGAAGCGAAUGAGCAGCAAUAUCACAUCAUGUGAUCACCGUGGGGCGUGUUUGACCUACUUUUAACCAAAACAAGUCGGCAUGGGCAAACAAAGAAAAGAUAUAUUCAUCUUUUGUUUCACAGAUCUAUUUGUGAAUGUCAACCACAAAUUACAUCCCUGUGACUCAGAACUCUCGGAGGUCAAUGCAGGGUCAUGGUGUUUUCCGCGUGUCGUCAUCUUGGUGUGCCGCAGUUCCAUAAUUAUGCUAAUUAGUUAAAGUUCCUCCAUUGUGUUUGGCUGUUUCCUGUUUCCGUAGGGCCGUACUGUUUACCUCAAGAGGGAGGAAAACGGUCCCAAAACAGAAGAGUGACCCUCAGGACAUCAAAAUGAUCACAGCUUGUCCACAUGAUAUUAUUCUUGCGAGACAUUGGAAAAUGCCAUGUACAAAAAAAAAAAAAUCAGAUGACUUUGCAGUCAUCACCUUUAACCUACACUGUAAGUCUUCAUAUAAGCCAUAGUGACUAUCCGAGUACAACCAUGAUACAAUACCGGGUCAGGUGUCAGGGACGACACAAGUGCAGGUAUGCAAAUGCUUUAUUUAGAAUGGUCAGGCAACUGGCGAACAGCAUAGAGCAAGACAAGAAUCAUACACCGGGUAACCAACUGUAAAAAUGAUUUUUUUUGCUGCAUGCUGUUUUAUUAUUAUCACUAUUCUUAAAUUUUUCUUAGAUUUAGUUAUAUAUGUAUAUACUUAUAUAGUCUUUCCUUUUAUUCUUUUUUCUUUAGAAUUUUUCAUAUCCUUAGCCUAUUUCUAUUAAGUGUGUAUCUUUGUUUAUAGUUUAGCAGUGCAAGAGCCAAAUUUUGUUUUGGAUUAUUCGAAUAAACCAUUAUUAUUAUUAUUAUUACCGAGCAAUUGUUCAAAUAAAUCUUUGGCAUUUGAAACUAAUAAAAACCUGUCUGCCCAGCAAACUUCUCUCUCUUCCUGCCUUAACGACCAUUUUCAAAACAUUAUCACAACAAGGAUUUGAGUUCAAAUUAUCCAUCCAUUAUCCGUAGCCGCUUAUUCUGUGCAGGGUCGCGGGCAAGCUGGAGCCUAUCCCAGCUGACUAUGGGUGAGAGGCGGGGUACACCCUGGACAAGUCGCCAGAUCAUCGCAGGGCUGACACAUAGAGACAAACAACCAUUCACACUCACAUUCACACUUAUGGUCAAUUUAAGUCAAGUCAAGUUUAUUUGUAUCGCGCUUUUAACAAUAAACAUUGUC